AUGGAGGUCUUUAACGUAUGGGGCAUCGACUUCAUGGGCCCGUUCAAACCAGCUUCUCACGGAAAUCAAUACAUCUUGGUGGCUGUUGAUUACGUAUCCAAAUGGGUCGAGGCAAUUGCUUCUCCAACCAAUGAUGCCAAGGUCGUGAUUAAGAUGUUCAAAAGCAUCAUCUUCCCGAGAUAUGGAGUACCGAGGGUUGUGAUAAGCGAUGGAGGCAGUCACUUCAUUAACAAGGUUUUUGAGAACUUGCUGAAGAAGUAUGGUGUCAAGCACAAAGUGGCAACUCCCUAUCAUCCUCAAACGAUUGGUCAGGACUGCCUACAAACACCGAUACGCAGGACCCCUUUCUCACUUCUAUAUGGGAAAUCCUGUCACCUUCCGGUGGAGAUUGAGUACAGAGCACUUUGGGCAGUUAAGUUACUCAACUACGACAUCAGAUCCUCCCAAGAGAAGAGGGACUUUGACUUACACGAGUUAGAAGAAAUCAGGCUAGACGCAUAUGAGAGCUCCAAAAUUUACAAGGAGCGGACCAAGGCGUUUCAUGACAAGAAAAUUUUGCCGAGGGUUUUCAAAGAUGGAGAGUAUGCGCUGCUUCUCAACUCGCGAGCUAACUUGUUCCCAGGAAAGCUCAAGUCUAAGUGGUCCAGUCCGUUCAAGAUCAAAGAAGUUCUUCCUUAUGGAGCCAUCACCCUGCUGAAUCAGAAUGGCGAAGAGUUCACAGUGAACGGUCAUCGGCUCAAACCGUAUUUGGGCCAACGAUUCAAGGAGAAGGAGUCUCAACUCCUCUUCCGGACGCCCCCUUAG